UUUUUUAUGUAUCGAUAGUUUUGCGUGUCCUUUUUUAAGUUUUUCUUUCUGCUUCCUUUGCAACAUGUGUCUAUUGUUUAAAUGUAGUACCAAGAUUUUAAAUAACUACGGAUAGGAGAAGUGCACACUGAUAGCCUGUGUAUCAGAUCGGGGAGAGAUAUUCAUCGUUUUUGCACAGUUGUUUUGUUGAAUAUAUGUAAAAGGAACUUCUAACUUCCCUUUAUUUCAGUUUCCUGGUCUUAUACUUCCUCCAUUCUCACCUGUUCUUCAAUUAUAACAUUUGAUUCAUUCUUGUACCUGUUUGCCUGAACUGAUUGUAGCAUUUGCUUUUAGUUUAUCUCAAAACAGCAUGCUGCGUACCUUUUUUCUCCUGUUCUUUUUGUGUGAAGCACAAUCCACGACGACAGAAUGGCCCGUAACAACAACUGCUAUAACGACUUCCUUGGAAACGUCUACACCUAGAAUGACCACAGAAGGACAGCUUCCUCCUCUGCAGCUGGUGGCCACACCAGACUACCCAGUCACAGAAGGUCGUACAGUUCACCUGUACUGUGGCCCUUCCACCAUACCAGACUCUGUCAAUUGGUCCUGGAAACAUCGGAAAACAGAAGUGGGAAAGUCAAGGGAUCUGACACUUACCAGGCCAGAGCAGAGUGGGACUUACCAAUGCUUUGCCAACAACACAGUAUCUGGCAGAAUGAGCUCAUUGCACACCGUCUCUAUAACCUCCACUCAUACAACAGUUGCUGAGAAGUUAGGAAUUGCUGCCUUUGUCUUCUUUCUCCUGGCCUUGAUCGUCCUCUUUGGUAUACUUUUUUGGCUCGGAUUUCAAAGACUUGUUGCCACAAAGACCACCUCAAACACUGCAGCUAAAGCUUUCCCUGGAACGGAUAAUUCUCCAAAGGGAGGUUUUCCACCAGCUGAAAGCGGCGGAGAUGUGUACAUGAAUUACACCAGCAAUGACUACAGUAAUCUGGACCUCACCAAUGUGACUGGGAAUGAUUACUCCAGUCUUUCAUGAUCAUUCAUUGGAAGGUGGAGAUAUACACAAUGGAACAGGAUAUUUGCAAAUAAAACUCAGCAAAACCUUCAACCUGAAUUAUGAAGUUUGCCAUAAAUGUUUGAUUUAAUGUUUUUAGACAAAAAUAAUUUGCCCCAAUCUGAAUUCGGGCUUGGUUAAAAUAUUCCCAGAUCAACAAGAAAGCUCUUGUUUGCUCUGUAUUUAGCAGAUUUCAAUAAAACCUUUAAUUUGUA